AUGAAUUUAAGGACAGUCAUCCUACCUACUACACUCACAAAAAUUGGACCAAAAUUACCAAUAACAGCUCGACUCGAAUAUAUUGAGAUCCCACAAAACGUCGUGGAGAUCGACUCACAUGUUUUCUAUAAUAAUCAACUAUUGACUGCGCUCACCAUUCCUAAUGGAGUCACAAGAAUAGCCGAUGACUUCGCUGUUGAUUGUGAUGAUCUCCAAAAACUCGAGUUUUCAGAUCACACCACAAAGAAAGUAAGAAACGGCGUUGAAAUUGACUUGACCAAAAUACUCGAAAAGCACCAACAAAUCCUUUGGGUGAGUUCUAUUAAAAAUGGGACAUUAAAAAUAGAUUCUUUCAUACAGUUUGAUCGUUCUUUAACAAAACUCGACAUUCCAAGUUCAGUCAGUUAUAUAAGGAACAACGCUUUUGAAACUCUUUUGUAUUUAAAAGAAAUUAAAUUACCAAACGACCUCAAAUUUAUUGGAAAAAAUAUAUUUGGGUUGAUAACGUCUUUGACUACAAUUGAUUUUGGCAACAACGAUAUCUCUAAAUUUGCAGUUCCUUUCGACUUUGCACUUCGAAUGUCACAAAAAGGAAUAUUUUUCACAAAUAUUACUUUUGGGGAUUAUGAUUAUAAAAAUUACAAUUACGGUUUUAAUAUCUACGAAAUGUCAAAAAUCACAAAAUAUGUCAUUGGAGACCUUCAUAAUAACAAACUUUUUGAUGAAAUUCCCAACUUUUCUGGUCUGUUUGGUGACAUGUAUUUUUCAACAAGCAAACUGAAUCUGCCAAGCACUUUAACUGAAAUAGCGGAGUCAGCAUUUACAUCUUUAGAGAUCAAUUCUAUUGAUAUAAAACCAUUAAAAGAAAUUCCAAAAAUGUGUUUUGCGUAUUGCAAAAGUCUCACCAAAGUCGUAUUUUCGAGUGAACUUUCAAAUAUUCAAAAUGAGGCUUUUAAAGAGUGUGUAUCAUUGAAGACUAUAAUUCUACCAAAAUCAUUGAAUGAAAUUGGGGAAAAUGCGUUUGAAAAGUGUUUCUGUCUUGAGCAUGUUUAUUGUGACAACGAAAAUGUUGUGUAUAACAAAAAAUGUUUUUCAGAAUGUUAUUCAUUGGUCGCAAUUCCAAAAUUGAAAAACGUUAAAAACGGCGCUUUUAUGGAGUGCACAUCACUCAAAAGUGCAACUCUGGUUGAUGGAUGUACCAAAAUUGCAGAUUUGCAAUUUUUUAAGUGUUUUUCUUUGAGUACAAUUGAAGUUCCAACAAGUGUCACUAGAAUUGGUGUUUUUGCGUUCAGAAAGUGCAUUUCACUCAGUGAUUUAUCAUUUGGAAAAAACAUUACUAUUGUUGAUGAUGGCGCUUUUAUGGACUGCACUCAGUUGAAUAAUGUCGUUUUUGGAAAUAAAAAUAUUUUAGGAAAAGUUGACCUGUUUGAGGGAUGCAUUUCUUUAAGAUCUUUGCAUUUUGGAGCAAAUGUUGAUACAUAUGCAUUUGAAGUGAGUUACUCGAUGUACGACCUAAUGAAAGUGUGUGGUGUUUUAUGCGAAAAUGUCUGUGUGAAACGAGCAGAUGUAACUAAAUACGGACUUUCAUAUGUUUUGAGUGAAAUGCAAACAAACAAAAAUAUCCAUCGAAUUGAUGAAGGCUGUUUCUUUACAAACGAUGAAAUCGUAGAAGUUGAGAUUCCCAGUCAAAUCACUUCAAUUGGAAUUUUUGCAUUUUAUGCGUGUGUAAAACUUAAGAAAGUUGUUCUUUCAGAAAGCAUCACAGAAAUUCCAGAAUUUUGUUUUUCAAAUUGUACAAAUUUGAAAGAAAUUGAUAUCAAAGGUAAAAUUGAAAAGUUUGGGUUUAAUUGCUUUGAACUAUGUGAUAAAAUCAAAAGCAAUAUUGAAAUUCCAAUAUAA